UUCACCUCCUCCUCCCACUCACGGUCCAUAUCCUCUCUCACUCCCCCUACACUCGCCAAGCAACUAUCUUUUCAAUCUUCUUUUAAUUGUCUCUCAUUCAAACACCAUGUUCUCUCUCGUCGCUGUCCCUCUCCUCUUGUCCGCAUACACGUCCGCCCAAUACACGGCGACGUACCUCCCUAGCAAUGCGCCUCCCACAUCCGAGCAGGACCAGUCUGGAACCAACCAGUGCGGGUCAGGUCACAGCCAGACCUCGAUGUGCCAGAAUGUAUACAUCAACUCCGUCCAGGACUUUUGCUUGUGGGCUCCUCCCUCUACCGAUGGCACCAACUCCACCAUCGGCGAGACAGAGCGUAUCGAAGUCGCUUGGUGCAUGAAGGACGGGUACGGCACACGCCUCAUCCCCGACGGCACCAUCAAGGGCGCGCACUUUGUCCAGACUCCCGAUUACGUCCAGGUAACAGGGUUCGGUGAUUUCACCAAGAUGAACAUCCCUGCUGGUGACCAGGGUGGUGAGCUUGACCCACACGGUGCGGACGGGAAUGGGAACCCGAUCGGCGGUCUUGUCUUCGGCAGCUCUUUCGGUCAGCUCCAGCAGUACCAUGAGUGGACCAACUACAUGGCUGUCGACCAGUUCUGCAUUCGUGCUUGCAAGGACAGCCCCAACGCACCUCUUCUCUGCAACCACAUCUACGAUGUCAUGGGUUGCAACUGGAACAUGCCCGGCAACUAUGAUCUGGGCGUUUUCGAGAACUGCGUUGGCGACACUGGCCCCGCCAUGGGCAUCUACGUCGAAGGCAACACGACCUCCACGUUCCAACAGGGUCAGCCCGUCACUCCUCCUGCUCAGCCCGCCCCGUCUUCCUCCCAGUGCUCGUCGUUCUCGACCAUCCAGAAUGGUCAGACCGCCGCGGCCCUCCCUAGCGCCUCGUCCGGUUCCUCCGGGACGACGACGAGCACCGGAUCUGGGUCUCGCAUGACCUCGACUGGCAGCAGCCGCAAUACCUCCCCAACUGGCUCCCCCUCGGCCACCACAACGGCCAAGAGCUCUGCAGGCCACGUCGUGCCGACCUCGAUGGGUGGCAUGUUCGCUGUCGCCGGCGCGAUGAUCCUGGGCCUUGUUGGUGGUGCGGUCUUCGUUCUCUAGGUCUCGGACUAGAUGAAGGACAGCAGAGUUGGUGUCUUGUUAUUUUUCAUUCUUAUCGGAUCGAUAUCUGACAGCUCUUUGUCGAGCAUCCACUCCUUUUCACUCACUCCAUACAUCGUACAUCGGACAUUUUCACAUCUCUCUCCAUUCUCGCCCCAUUGUGCCUUCGAUACGUGUAGGUCGGAGGAGGGAAAUGCACAUUGAUUGGUCAAUC